AUGCCGCAAGAGAGGGCUAAGGAGAAUGCGACGGCAGGGAGAGCCCUUCCUGACCGCUCCAACGCUGAGCACAGCCAGCAGUGCUACACUAGAGUGGACGCAACAGAGGAGCCUAGAGGGAUCAAUGGCCCGCUUUUCUCCCGCCAGGUCUGCGGAGGAGCCAACAUGAACGGCCCUCUGGUCAACUCCCACAACUACCAGCCUCCUCGUGCUGCUCCCUACAGGAUCCCUUGGCAGGUGCUGGUGGGAGACGAGCAAGUGGCAAGGGCGUGGCCAGGGAGUGCGGCCGGGCUGAACGUGAAGCUGCCCACCCCGAGGAAGAAGGGGGACCUGUACCGGAGCGGAAGCCACUACAGGUCGAAGCACGACCCCCGUCUCCUCCCGACGGGAGGGACGAUGGGUCUGCACAACACGUCCAUGAUCGUCUCGAACAUCGAUGGGAGGAAGACGAUGGGGAUAGAGAGGAGGAGCUUCGGCUUCCUCGGCAGGUCUCUGGGGUCCUACAGGAACUCUCCGACGCAGUUCCUCCGCAGUCGAGAGAAAACGGGCGACCUCGCCGCACCCCAGAGGUUCCACUACCCUGACGAAGACUCGAGGCUGCCGAGGCCUCCAGGACGGGGCGACAAGGGCUUCCUGAUGCCGAGGAGGACGGCCCCGCCUAACUUCGUCCUGAGCAACCAGGUGGAUUGCCUGAUGGGAGACAUCAAGUUCCUUUCCGGUACCCUCAAGAAGUCCAGGAGCAAGCGGCCCAAGGACAGCCCGUCGGAGGCUGACCCCGACUGGCAGAGACUGCAGGAGGAGAGGAGGUCAGACUUCGAGGCGAUCCUCAAUGGAGCCAAGCUGGAGGACAGGCGGAGAGUGAAGAGGUUGAAGAAGAUCCAGAGGAUGACAGGGUCGAUCCGCAGCAAGUCCCAGCUGGGAGAGCACCCGGGAAUGGCUUCGAACUUGUCUGCAACGAUGCCUGCACGACCCAAGACUUCACUCGGGGCCUCUCACAUAGACAAGACGUCUGUAUCCCUCGCAAGGACGGAUCUCCGCAAAACAGCAGACCUCUCCAGGGGAACAACUCUCCAGGGGAACAACUCUCCAGGGGAACAACUCUCCUUCCUUCCAGAUGUGGUGAAGCGUCAACUUAUUGAGAACAUGAAGAAGCAGUGGGAGGCGAUCAACAGAGAAUACCAGCGGUUUACCUUGUCUCUGUUCAACCUCGACACGAGGGUGCACAAGAAGGAGGAAUGCGAGAGGCAGAUGGAGAUACUGGAACGAGAGAUCGAGAGGUUGUCCAAGAGCGCCAUCAUCGUGAAUUCCACAGGAGAGGUUUUCGCACGGCCGAAUACGAGUUUUCACAAAACGUGA